UAAGUGGCUGGUCGGGCACACUUCAGAGGGGAGGGAGAAGAGCGAGAGAGCUGGUAGAAGGGAUCACAUUUCAUGGUGACAUCACUGGUCCCUGCUGCAAGCAGAGAUGCAGACACAUCUACUGGAAAAGGAAAAAAAUCAUCUAGCAUAACCCAGCUGAAGGAGGUAUUCAGGAAGAUAUCCAGACUGGAUGCCAGGACCUGAAAGCAGCCAGAGGCUCUGCCAAGUGUGAGAUGGGGAACUGAUGGCUUUGGGUUUUGAAGAGAAGGCGGCAGUGGAAAUUGCUGAGGUCGCCAGUGACCAGGGGCAGUUAUGAAAAAGAAUGACGAAUGGAUGCCAAGUCCCACAGAGCUUGUGAGAAUGUCUCAUCCUGCUAACUCAGCCUCCUUACAGGUCACCUUUCUAUUGCUAUUCUUAUACUGUGGCACUCUCAGCUGGGCAGUGCCCACUGUUCCAGAGUAUUUGCAACGGGGCUGGCAGAGGCUUUUGGAGGAAGAAGGAGAGCUGUAGGAAUGUAGGUUGAGAGAAUGUCCCAGCGGCUGCCUGGCUGGGGGGGUGGUAAAGAGAACAACUCGCGACUGCUGUUGGGAGUGUGCCAACCUGGAGGGACAAAUCUGUGACUUGGACAGUACUAACCACUUCUAUGGAAAGUGUGGUGAUCACUUGGAGUGCCGCCUUGAUGCCGGGGACCUACAACAUGGUGAAGUCCCUGAGCCCCAAUGUACUUGCCUAUCCAGCCAGGCUGUCUGUGGCUCUGAUGGCAAAACCUACACCCAGAUCUGCAAGUUCCAAGAGAUGCAAAACUCCCACCCAGGGGUUAAUCUCACCAUGGCUCAUGAAGGACCCUGUGAGUCAGAGCCCCACAUUAUAUCUCCUCCCUAUGACAUCUGGAACAUCACUGGGCAAGAUGUGAUCUUUGGUUGUGAAGUCUUUGCCUACCCCAUGGCAUCUAUUGAAUGGAGGAAGGAAGGGCUGGAUAUGCUGCUUCCUGGAGAUGACCCCCACAUCUCUGUUCAGUUUAGGGGAGGCCCUCAGAAAUAUGAAGUGACCAGCUGGCUCCAGAUCCAAGCUGUGCGGGUGACAGAUGAAGGAACUUACCGCUGCUUCGCAAGGAACAAGGUUGGGCAAGUAGCAGCUCUUGCCAACCUUAUGGUUUUCACUCCAGAUCAGCGCAACUUGACUGAAUUGGUGCCCAAGAUACCCAACUUGAGAUGGGAUGAUGGUGUGGAAAGUGAUGAGUCAUACGACUAUUACUGAUGGUGCACAUGUGGAGGAGAAUGCAGGAUCAUUUGUACCCUUCGUUCCCAUAUGAGCAUUUCCUUAUGCAGUUCCAGACUUCCAAGAUAAUGACUAUAACCACUACUGAACCUUUAUAUGGAUUCAAAGAAGCUGGGCUAAAGAUAUUCCAUGAGCAGUUUUUAUAUCAGUUCAUUUUGGGUGGGAUAGGUGGAUGUACUUAAUAAUUUGAUACUACUCCUGGUGGAGAAACAAGUUGGGGGGAGGGAACUAUUGCAUUUAGCUCAUCCUAGAGCAAAUGGGCAUUAAAAAGUGGAACACAGUAGGUAAAAUCUGUAAGCUUUUCAACAGAAUACACUAAGAACUGUGGAUACA